GCCACGGAUUAAUUCCAGCCAGCGUACGGACUACAUUAAUUAUGUAACCGUGGGGUGCAAGGUAGAGGCGGAGACGCGAGACUCGUUACUUGAUAUCCGCAUCUGUCUGUCUCCGUCGCACUCGUUGAUUGGUCGACUGCGAGAGAGACCGCCUGGUCUCUCGCGCGCCGUGGAGGGGGUAGUACAAUCAGCGCCGCUCCGCGUUUACCUCACAGUCCACAAUCUCAGUGACUCAGAACUUGCGGGCGAUGUAAACGCGCUGACUGGCACGUCUUCCUUGGAGUGGUUGUCAAACUUGUGGUAAAAGCCGUGGCUAGAGGCGAGAGGAGGCAUGGCGCGUCAGUUGUUGACGGUGUUCGAUUGCCGAGUGCCGUUCAAUUCGUGCCCACUUUCCCCGAUCGCGUUCCUCGAAGCCAAGUGACGUCCGCGACGUCGAUUGGCGAACCUGGCGCGCCUCCGGGAGGAGAUCGACUGGUUCUUGGCGGCGACGGAAAGGGCGCAGCUACGAAGGCCCGCUCUCACUUAAUUCGGGACUUAACCGUCCGCUUCUCCCUGAAAUGGAGUCCAUCAGGAAGUGGUUCUGCAGGCCCAAAAGGGACGAUACGAGCUUGUUGGCGCAAUUUUUUUAUGCCGACGAGUCCUUGAACACGAUAGCAUGCGAGCUGGAUUCGUUUGAUGGUCGCCAAGAACCGGAGAGAUGUACCAGCCUCGUGAAUCAGCUGCGCCACUGUCAAGACAAAGUGUUGAUGAUCUGCAAUCAGAUCAUGGAUGACCUCAUACCUGGUAGCAGAGCUAAUCGAGACUUUCGUGUUAAGUUUCCUGACGAUGUUAUGCAAGAGAACCUUGCCGGUCAGCUGUGGUUUGGAGCGGAGUGUUUGGCAGCUGGAUCGUCGAUAAUGAACAGGGAGGCGGAGAGCUCUGCAAUGAGACCUCUGGCGAAAGCCUUGACUAAAUCUCUGGAGACUGUUAGAAAUUUGCUCCGGGAAUAUGCACUGAAGGGAAAUAUGAAUUUAAAGACUCAGACUCCCUUCGAUCCGACUCUUGAGAAGCUGAUCGAGUCCUUGAAGAUCUUCGACAGACUCUUCGCUGACUUCGAGCUGUGCUACGUAGGCGCCAUGGUCCCUGUAAAGUCAAUAAAAGAGUACGAACAGCAGGAGCUGGUGUGCGUACUGUUCUCGGAGUCCCUCCAGAAAGCACUGAAACGUGGCUUGUUCACCCAAGCAGAUGUGGACAACUACGAGCCAGCUUUGAUGUUCACAAUCCCUCGUCUAGCCAUCGUAUCGGGUCUUCUGGCAGCUCCUGGAGGACCGCUGUGCCUGAACUCUCCGGAUUCCCUCAGCGAAAUGUUCAGACCCUUCAGGACCCUGUUGCUGAAGAUAAGGGAGCUCCUGUGGACCCUGAACAGCUGGGAGCUGUACAUGCUGGAGAAGCUUCUCUGUUCGAACGAAGAGCCCUCCUCGAAGUCCCGAUGCGCGAACGACUCUGAGCUGGAGGAGUUCGUGCACACCUUCUACAAGGACAACCCUAACUGCAAGCAGCUGAUCGUGAACUUCUACACGGUGCCAAGGAACUCGAUGAGUACGAUGGACGAGGGGGCGACGGACGUGGUGGAGAUGGUGCGCGACGGCCACAAGGUGAUCGGCCUGCCCUCCGAGAAAAGGUCCCAGAGACGAAGACAGAAGGGGAAGAAGCACGGGGACCUGAAGGAGGUCAGAUUCCGACAUUCCAACGUAAACUACGGACUCUGCAAGAAAGACCCGGAGGCAAAGAUCGAGGCCGAGAAGCAGUUCUUCGACUCCAGGUCGCACUGCAAGGUGGUCCAGAUCAGUCCCGCGAGGAAAGGGGACUAUUCCACGAGACAUCGUCAUCAUUCCUGCACCGACAUGGCCGACGAGAAGGAGGACGUAGGUAAGAACCCUCAUCUAAGGGAGUGGCAGAGUAGUCUGGACGGCAGCAUCUCCAGCAAGGUCUGGGAAGACGGUCUUGGGAACGUCUGCACGGGGAACGAGGAGCCUUCCGUGAUGGACAGCCACGAGCAGGUCUCGCAGGAGGUCGAGGUCACCAGCGAGAUCGUUCUCGACCUGGACGCUAACCAGCUGAUCACGGAGACCAACGUCACCCUGUCGAACCUCCUGCUGAACGGGGAGUACCACGUGGAGAACUCGGAACAAACGGAUUCCGGGAUCUGCACGGUGAUCUCGUCGGAGAACGCGAGUCUCUACGACAAGAGCCCCGAAGAGAGGGACCCGUUCUCCAGGGAGAUCCGCCAGGACGAUCAGGAGGGUCCUGGAGAGGGUCCCAUCGACGCGAAGGAGGCUUUCCCUGGUAGAGAUGCGAGCUCCUUGGACAAGGAUGGUUAUACGGUCUCGGGGACGUCGUACGUAUGCGGUGUGUCCAACUUAGAGGGUCCUGGCCCUACCGAUCAGUCCGUGAAUCCGCUGAACUCCCCUGGAGUGUCCCUGGUGAUGGAGGGACAAGUUAGUUUUAACUCGGAACAUGUACAGGAAGAGGUGUAUACGAAGAACGUCUAUCCUGGGCGGUGCGAGAGUCUGGAUCCUGAUAGAAGAGAGCCCCGGACUUGUCCUAAAUGCGAUAAGCACCAGGGUAUGAGCAGUGGCUCUAAGAAACGGGAAAGGAAGACGCAACAAGCCUCGACCAGGAGGCAGAACCCUGAAGAACAGGAGAGGAAGCACCAGGUCCACGCUUCCUCGACCUUGUCUUCUCCUAUCUGCGGGUCUUCGGCUACCGUUGACGCGAGGAACUUGUCGAUAUCCAUCUCCGACUCGUUCCAGGAGACCUUGCAGGGGCAGGAGGCGAAGCUGAACCUGCAGACCGGCUACGAUGAGAAAUCGGAGAGCCUGGACUCCAGCGGGGACUCGUUGUCUCCUGGGAGGGACUUGCAGUAUCGCACCUGCCCCAAAUGUGAGAAGCUCCAGCUCGUUCACCAGAACCUGAACGCCACCUCGAAGAAGAGGGAGCGGAAGUCCCAGCAGUCCACCUCUAAGAGGCAGAUCACUGGAGAACAGGAGCAGAAGCGGCACCGAGAGUGCGAGAGGAAGGAUUGUUCUUACAGAGAGUACAAAUCGACGUUCCGCGGGGCUGAGAAAGUCCCGAAGGACUCCUGCAAGAUGCUGAAGGGCUCCAAGGAGGGCUCCUGUUGCGUCGUCGACCCGGAACCUCAGACCAGCGCCGAGGUGACGAGGUCUACCAGGUGUGGGAACCCCAGGUUGGGGAGCUUCUGCAUGAGCCUGCAUAGACAGAGAACCAAACGGCAGCCUAAUGAGAGCCAUAGUCGGUAUUUCAGCCAGAAACAUCAGCAUUGUUGCUCCAGGUCGCCCCAGACCCUGGGCCAGUGUUACGUCCGCCAGGUCGAGUGCGUAUGUGGGAAUUCAAUGCAGAACAGGAACCUGGUUUAUCGCAGGAGGUCGCAGUCGAUUGCCAGGUUGAGGAAGAGGGGCCCUAGGCAGGUGCACAAGUACGAGAAGAAGGUCGACGAGCAGGAGAAGACCAGGCUGGCCGUCAAGGUCCCGAUGAAGCUGCUCGAAGAUGUCGACCAGAGGUCUGAUAUCAGCGUUAUCAAGGACUCCGUUUCUACCGUUGUUGCACAGAAUGGGUAUUGCCGGGUCCAGGCGUUUAGGGAGACCUCCAGGAGUAACGUUGCACCCUCUAAGCUCAUCAACGCGGCUGAUGUCUCGAGGAAUUAUUCUUGCAGCUCGUAUCUCUCCCUGGUCCAGAGGCCGGAUGCUGACUCCACCUCCAGCUGCUCCAGUUGUUGCGACUCGAGCUCGGAGACCAGCGAAUUCGAGAGCGACCGCCAGAACGACGAGGAGAUCGCUCUUGCUAUGCAGGCUGCAGAGGUCGCGAAUAGGAACCAGAUCAGGGCGAAGUUCAGGUCUUCCGAGGAUCUGGUGCACCGACUUUUUGUCUGCAUUGCCGGGGUUGCCGACCAGCUGCAGACCAACUUCGCCUCCGACCUGAGGAACAUCCUGAAGUGCGUGUUUCUUAUGAACAGUAGUCAGACCACCGACGCCUCUGAUAAGAAGCUCGACAACCUCAGCUUACUCAGUCAUCCCGAAGACUUUAUCGUUCAAUCGCCCAGCACUAACAACGAGCAUGAACAGGAGGACAACCGCGUUAAAGACAUGUCUGACGAAUCUGUGCCAACAAACGAAAGAUCACCCGUAACCACCGAGCGAGGCGAGGAGUGCACCGAGAAAGCUCCCGCUUGGGUUCCUGAUAACAACGCACCGAGAUGUAUGGCUUGCCAAGCCGUCUUCACGGUUGUUCGCAGGCGACAUCACUGCAGGAACUGCGGAAAGGUGUUUUGCGGCAGGUGCAGCAGCAACAGCGUCCCCUUACCGCGUUUCGGGCACAUGAGAGCAGUCCGAGUUUGCAAUAAGUGCUUUCUUUACCAAGUAACGCCGUUUACCUAAGCAAGAAACACCCAGCCACACAGAAACACACACACAGAUCCGUAUAAAAUAUAUGUCACGGGCAACAUAACAAAUGGACGUUCCAAAGAAUGUCCGAUUUACCGCGUUGCCCGUAACACAUAUGUAUAGAAAUAUAAGAAGAGAGUAUAUAUAUAUAUACACACAUAAAUCGAGUGUUUUGUAUUAACUCAGGACGUGAUCUUUUCAUAUCAGUUAUAUCUCAACGUUGAAUAUAAUCCAUACCUCGAUAGGGCGCUGAACUCUUAGAGCUUAUGUAAAUAACGAAUAUGAUAUUGAUGAUGAUGAAAGGAAUUAAAAAGAUGGAAUUAUUUCUAUAAAGUGUUCCACGGAAAACAUCGACCGCAUAUGGAUUGCUUUGUAUCGCGCGACUCUUGUAUAUAUACGUAUUACAUAUUACAUACGAUAUGCAUGCAUGUAUAUGUACAUAUACGUGUAUGUAUAUGUGUGUGAUUUCAGAUAUGAUAUUUUUAUUCUUCGGGAAGAAGGUGUUCGCUCUAAUCUCUUGACGGAUAGUAUUAUUUUUACUCUAAUUGUGCAUUUCUCGCUCGCCGAGGUAUAUAGGAGGAGACGCGGUAAUCGCCGUUCUGUAUGUAAUUAAUAAUUGCGAUUAGGUAGCGCCUUAGACCGCUUUACUUCGAUGUAACGAGGUCGGCGAUUCGUUGUUUAUGGCGUAGGCUUGUGCAAGGCGAUAUGCGGAUACCUGCGGGAAUUAAAUAAAUACAAUGUUUUACAAGUA